GCCGUGCGCUCGCAGCCUCGCACGUCCUACCACCAAUUCAACUGUUCAAGUGCCCGGCACGGUAAAAGCGAGUGCUGUUCGUUCCGCAAAAAGUUUCGGCGAGCUCACGCAGCGGCCGGGUGGGUGGGUAGUUGGUUCUUUCGAAAUCCGCAAAGCGCGCGACGCGACGUAUAAAAGUGCUCGUGCGUCUAGAGGAGAGGGGAGCAUGGGCUCUCGGUACUCGGCUGACGCUCCAUUCCCACUCCACUCGUCGUCUCCUACUCUGCUCUCCUCUCGAAAGCCUAAAGCCUCGUAGAACCUGCGGGGCAAAGGCCCACUAGCCACCAAGUCCAAAGUCACCGUCCCUGCAGCCAAAGCCGCGGGCUGUGUGGAAGAAUCUGCGAGUUUUGUGUCUGCUGGUUCGGUACGUGUGGACACUCACUCGCUUAGCUUGGCCUGGAGGGAGUAAUGGAGGCGGCCGGAGCGGAAGGGCGGAGGCUGCUGGGGAGGGCGGAGGCGAGCCCGGAGCGGGGCAGGCCGACGUACGCGUCGGCGGCGAGGCCGGCGCCGGCGAGGCCCAUGAGGAAGGUUCAGAUCAUCUACUACCUCUGCAGGAACGGGCAGCUGGAGCACCCGCACUUCAUGGAGAUCGCGCAGCACCCGCACCAGCCGCUCCGCCUCAAAGAUGUGAUGGACAGGCUCACGCUGCUGCGGGGCAAAGGCAUGCCGGCCCUCUUCUCGUGGUCUUGCAAGAGGAACUACAAGAACGGGUACGUGUGGAACGACCUGUCGGAGAACGACGUGAUCUACCCGUCGGACGGCGUCGAGUACGUGCUCAAGGGCUCCGAGAUCUUCCCUGGCUGCUCUUCCGUUGCAGAUCGGUUGCAGCACCUCCGCGUGACGGACAGGUCUCCGACGAAGACCAUGGCGCUGCCCCACAGUCACAAGCAGCAGUACGUGGACAGCUACCGAGACGACGCCGCAGAGGAUCCGGAGGAUGACGAGCUCGGCUACUCCUACCACCACCGCCGGGCCGGCCCUCACGCGGGGGCUCGGCUCGCUCGGGCCGACAAGCCCGUCGUCGUCUCGGCUCGCACCAACCGGAGCCGCCCCGUGGAGCUGCCCGUCGAGGAGACCUCCCCGCCGUCCUCGACCUCCUCGGACAAGCCGCCGGCGCCCCAGCUGCAGCCGGGGCGGGCGGACCUGGAGCUCGAGCCGAACCGCCCCGGCUCCAUGCUCCGGCAGCUGAUCGCGUGCGGGUCGACGGUGGGGGCCGCAGGAGGCGGCUCGGGCAAGUGCCGCGCCGAGCCGAGGCGGAGCUGUGGGCUCGUGAGCCGGCUCUCGGCCCGCGCGGGCGCCGACGAGGAGGACGAGGACGCGGCGGCGGGCGCCGACCUGGGCCGCCGGUUCGGGCACCUUGCCGUGGACGACAAGGAGUACUUCAGCGGCAGCAUCGUGGAGGGCUCCGGCGGCCGGGGCACGCCGCUGCCGGCGUCGUCGCUCAAGCGAUCCAACUCGUACAACGAGGAGAGGAGUUCUAGGCUCGGCGUUGGUGCGGUCGGUGAGGAUGGAACGGAUGAGCAGAUGGAAGGCGACGGUGGGAUCCGGGGAAGGUGCAUCCCCGGCAGGAAGAAGCAGCCGCCGCCGCAGAAGUAAACCUCUACCGGUAACCAGUGUGACGCAAAAACUUGAUCGAACCCUAGAGUGUUGAGUAUAUUUAGAUCUGUAAAAUGUUCAGGGCAUGGAUGCAGCUCAGCAGCUGUUACCUGUUAAGUUUCGGGGUAGGACUAGUGAAAGUCUCUAGACCUGCUGGUGGCCGGUUUUAUCAGUGUCGGAUUCAUUUCGUGUUGAGUAGUCAGCGAUCGGCAUGCAGCUGUGCUGAGAACAGUUAUGGAGGACAGUGUAGUGUGCUAGUGUAGGCCCUAGCUUAUGUGAAAAAGGAGAUAGACAUGGCUGGGACCCCGGAUGCCGGAUGCAUGAUGCCAUCGUUCAUUGCUGGAUC